UGAAGGCGAUCAUCGAAAAAGUAUCAUUGUUCAGCGCUUCGUUCCAGUGAAAACAUCCCCAGUAACUUGUUAAAAAUGGCCUUUAAGCUCACCGUCCUGCUUGCCUGCGUGGCGUACUCCAGCGCUGGAUAUCUGCAACCAGCCACCACCUAUCAGGCCUCUCCAUUGGCUUACAGCUCGUACCACGCCCCAGCUCUGUCCUACUCUAGCCCAGCCUACAGCUACGGAUACGACAACUCUGCUCGUCAUCUGGCCUACAGCGCUCCAAUAGCCCAUCAGACCUACAGUGCCCCGAUUACUCAUCAGACCUACAGUGCUCCAAUAGCCCAUCAGACCUACAGUGCCCCGAUUGCCCAUGAGACCUAUGCUGCCCCAAUCGCUCAUCAGACCUAUGCUGCCCCAAUCGCCCAUCAGACAUAUGCUGCCCCAAUUGCCCAUCAGACUUAUGCUGCCCCGAUCGCCCACCAAACCUAUGCCGCUGCUCCAGCACUGAGCUACACUCGCAGCUACGCCCCAGCUCUGUCCUACUCUGCUGCUCCAGCUCGGUCAUAUGCUCGUAGCUACGCCCCAGCUCUGUCAUACUCUGCCCCAGUGGCCACCAAGACCGUUGCCAUCGCCCAGCCAGCUGCCAUCGCUCAUUCCGCCCCUCUGACCUACGCCCCGGCCCAUGCCACCAGCUACACCAGCUCCUUCAUGAAGUACAACAGCCCAGCGAUCGCUUAUGCCUAUUAAGGUUUAUUGGACGAUCUACCCAAUGUGUUCCUAUUCUUGUUUAUUGAUGACCAAGUGGGAUAAUCAAGCCUGCAAGAUAGUUUAAGAAUAUUUUGUUGAAAAAAAUAAAUCUGAGAAACACAGAUCAAA